CAUGUGUUCUACCAUCUCUUUCUGAAUGGAAACCAUGAAUAAGUUCAGAAGCUUAGGUAAGAUCCUACUCCUUUCGGUCUUCAUCUUCUCAACUUUGAUUUUAUCCACCGUUGGAAAAGGAGGCAGCAACGAUGAGAAGUUAGAGAAGCAUGAGCCAAACCCAGCUGAAAGGGCUAUAGGAACGGUACCCCCUGCGAACCCUUGGAUGAAAAUCAGUUCAUGGAUGCAAACGUCUUGGAUGAAUUUCCGGUCCCCAAACACUGAGGUUGAUAAAGGAGAUCCCGCCAGAGCUGGAGGAGUGAUGGAAGACGCUGUUACUAAGAGUUUUGAAACGUGCAAGGAGACAGUGGAAAAUGCUGCUGAAUUUGCUGCACGGGCGACUGGAGAAGCAGUGCACAAAACAGCAGAGAAGGUGAAGAGUACUCUUUCUACUUCGAAAGAUGAAGAACCAGAUACAGAGUUUUGAGCAGAAUCAGUGCAACAUUCCGAAAUUAGGAUAAUAGCUUCAUACGUGUGCUUUUUCUUUGCUUUGUUUACCUUUGUUUGUUUACGCAUAUAGAAUAUAACACGCCCAUUGCAGAUAACUCUAUUUCAGUGGGCUACAUCAGCUUGACUCGCCCGAGGUUUGGGUUUGAUUUCCUUUUGUACACCUUGGAUCAGUCGAAUUUUAGAUGGUGUAUUUAUUGAAAACAUGAUGUAGUGUACCUAAUGAACAGUUCGGAUUCCACACA